AUGGAAGACCCAGGGUCGGAGAUAAUGGAAUGUGUCCCUCUGGAUGGGCUUGAGGCGUCCGAGUCAACACCCGAGGAAAAUGAAGAUGACAUUCAGUUUGUUAGUGAGGGACCAUCAAGACCUGUUCUUGAAUACAUUGAUCUGGUCUGUGGUGAUGAUAAAGAGUGUAGCACCUAUCAUAGUGAUAUUUUGUUCCCUAAAAUGCCAAAACGACAGGGUGAUUUAUUGCAUUUUUUAAAUGCGAAGAAAGUGAAAACAGGCACAGAAAGUAACAAUAGGAACAAAAACUAUUGUGGGUUGUCUAAGUCUAAGGAAUCAAAUUUCAAAUAUGUUGAACAACCAAUCAUUGAAGAAAAGCCAUCAUGUUCAUCAAAGGAAGAAAUGGAUAAUCUUGUGCUUCCAGAUUGUUGGAAUGAAAAACAAGCAUUUAUGUUUACAGAACAGUACGAAUGGCUUGAAAUAAAAGAAGGUAAAUUAGGAUGUAAGGAUUGCUCAACAGUUCAGCAUUUGGGAUUGAAAGCAGAAAAGCAUGUCCAUGUGUCCAAGGAGUGGAUUGCAUAUUUAGUAACCCCUAAUGGCAGUAAUAAAACUACUAGACAAUCUUCUCUGUGAAAAAAAAUUAGGGAACAUGAUGUUUCUAAAGCCCAUGGUAAAAUUCAGGAUUUGUUAAAGGAAUCAAUUAAUGACUCAGUUUCUAAUUUAGUGCAUAAACAAAGUAAUAAAAAUAUUGAUGCUACUGUGAAAGUUUUCAAUACUGUUUAUAGUUUAAUAAAACAUAAUAGACCUUUAUCUGAUAUUGAAGGGGCAAUAGAAUUACAAGAGAAAAAUGGAGAGGUCAGUUGUUUAAAUACACGAUACAGUGCAACAAGAAUAGCAGAGCAUAUUGCAAAAGAAAUGAAGAUGACGAUAUUUAAGAAUAUUAUAGAAGAAAAUGCCAAAAUCUGUACUGUAAUUGAUGAGGCAUCCACAGUUUCAAAGAAAAGGACCCUCGUGAUUUAUCUCCAGUUCAGUAGUACAGUUCAGUAGGUUCCUGCACCUCUUAUGUUAUUUGUUGCUUUAAAAGAACUGGUGUCAACCACAGCAGAGUGUAUUUUCAGUACAUUAUUGAGUACUUUAAAUGAUUGUGGUUUCACUACUGAAUAUUUGAAAGCAAAUUUAAUUGCAUUUUGUUCUGAUGGUGCUAAUACAGUGCUGGGAAGAAAGUCUGGAGUAGCUACAAAGUUGUUAGAAAAUUUUCCUGAAAUCAUUAUUUGGAACUAUUUAAACCAUUGAUUGCACUUGUCCCUUGAUUAUUCAAUAUCUGCAACAAAACAGGUGAAUCAUUUAAAAAUAUUUCUCGAUAAAAUUUAUUCUAAUUAUCAUCAAUCUAAUAAAAAUCAAAACAAGCUUUUAGAAAAUGUAGCUAAAGAUCUUCAAAUUGAAAUUGUUAAAAUUGGCCGGAUAAUGGGACCAAAAUGGGCGGCAUGUAGUUUACAAGCUGCUACUGCUGUAUGGCGUGCAUAUCCUGUAUUAUAUAUGCAUUUUUCUCAUUCUCAUUCUGGUUUGGCAAAGAGAUUAGCUAACAUUAAUUUCUUGCAAGACCUUGCUUUAAUGAUUGACAUUCUUGAAGAAUUUUCACUACUUUCAACUGCGUUACAGUCAAGCUCAGCUAACAUUCAGAAAGCACAAAAAUUGAUCAAACGCACCAUAAAAGCCUUGGAAAAUUUAAAAAUUGUUGCUGGAAAGCGUGAAUCUCAAAUUGAAGGUUUGAUUAAGUCAGAUAAGUUUAAAGAUAUUCCAUUUAAUAAAAAUAAUAAAUUUAAUGCCCUUCCUAGGAACAUGUUACUAGAAAAUAUAAUUCAACACAUGAACUUACGUCUUUUAUCUGACAAGAGCCAUGAUGAAAGUAUUUUUAAUUAUUUUGAUUUGCUAGAACCUUCUACAUGGCCUUAUGAAGAAAUAACUUCACCAUGGAUAACUGGUGAAAAAAAAUUAUUUCAUUUGUGUGAAAUUUUAAAAUUCGAAAUUGAUUUGAAUGAUUUUCCGGAAUUUGUAAGUAAUAAUGUAAAGUCAAACAAUGUUUCAAUUCCUACAACCGUACAAAAGGCUAAAAAUAGCACCAUUGCAGUCAAUAGUGCUGAAGCUGAAAGAGGUUUCAACUUAAUGAACAUAAUUUGUACAAGGGUGAGAAAUAGUUUAACAGUAGGUCAUAUAUCAGAUUUAAUGACUAUAAGUUUGUUGGGAAAAGAGUUAGCUGAUUGGGAUGCAACUCCCUUUGUAAAAUCCUGGUCAAAUUGCAAUCACAGAUUAGCUACAGAUACAAGAGUUCAACAAAAGUCAACAAAAGCCUACGAGAAUCAGUUGGCUAUAUGGAACGUACCAUAA